AUGCCCCCUCCCUUGGUGGAUGCAUCUGGCGAUGCAUCAAACGCGUCAAUUAUCAUGUUAUGGGCCAAUUUUUCCAACAGCCUGACUUUGUUGACAACAGUGCCCUCUGUGAAUGACUUUCUGAAGGCUAUGGAUGGCCCUUUUGCCCGUCUGAGGAGCCUGGUUGGACAACACACUUCCACGAAAGAUAUGCCACAGUUCCAACCCCUUGCCCCCCUUGAGGACGUUGUAAAGAACAUUGUGCAAGAGCUAUGGGGGCACACCUCCGUCAAGGCAGUCAGAGGUAUUGGGAAUAUACUUGAUGAAGCAUCCGUGAUAGACGACCUCAGCUUUGAAGAGACCAAUCAUUUCUCAGCGGGACUCGAUAGCCAAGAUGCAGCAAGCCUCCGCAAGUCAGAGCAUCUGGAAAUCGAGGAGAAGUAUCCAGACAGGGCGGACGAAGUGAAAGCCUUUUAUGACAAAGUUCUCGUGCAUUAUGGAGACAUUAUUUUGUCUAAGGACGAAAGAGAGACCCAACCUAAUGAAAGUCUCCAUCUGCUUCAGAAAAUGACAGGAAAAUAUGCAGCACAGGUCUGCGCACUUAGUUCUGUUGGAAUAUGGGAUGGAUCACCUGGUUUACCUCAUUUGGAUAUCAAGGAUUCCACCCAUCCCAUUGGCGUCACUGUAGUGGGAUUUGUAGCGGAUGAGACUGUCCCCCCAGAACAGUCCACGGUAGCUUUCACCAGCUCACCAAUUAUGGCAGAAAUGGUGAAGGCUAUGGGUCUGCCACUCACCGAGGAUGCAGCCCUUGCCAUAAGGAAUCUGUAUGAUGGCAUAAAGGCUUUCAGCCCAUACCAACCCGAUAUCAGCAAACAGAGAAGCUUCCUUCGUCAUCUUCGUGCCUUCACGAACCUGGACAAGUCCAACAAUGAGAAGUUUGGCACAUCAGGCCUGAUGAAGUCUGUUGUAGCAACUGCCAGGCAAAGUGUCCAUUUCCAUGAUAGCCUGGACAAAUACCUGAUGGUGAAGACAGAGGCCAUGGACGAAAACGACAUCGAUUAUCAUACACCGAUAUUGAAAAGGAAAGACAGCCUUGCCAUGGCAGACAGACAAGCUGCUGCAUGGCUUAAAACAAUGAUACAGGAGGCAACAUGUGUAAGCGAGCUCGGGACCGACUGGAGGGUUGCAAACGUACUUCCAUUCUUACUUGAGCAUCAUCUCCGUUUUGCCGGCUGGCAUUGCGGCAUCCGACGUUUGAACGAGUCACUCCCUUGUGAUUGGACCCCAUGUGAGUCUGCUCGGGGUAUGAUGCGGCUCUACCACUCCGACCCUGAACAGAAAUUGAAAAUCGAGACAAUGACAGAAGAGGAGUAUGAGAAGCGUGAGGUGCUCCAUUACGCACCUGAUGCAAAUGGGAGUGUUGGCAAAUACAUGCUACCCGAAAAUGAGGCGAGGAGGGCAGUUGCCAAAGCUGCGCUCACCGUGGCAUGA